CCUGCGCGUGGGUCGUCUCCCUCCCCAAAUGCCGCUGUAGGUUUUAUGCAGGCGGCUUGCAGGUGGGGACUUGAUCUGUCUGUAAUCUUUGGGCCCAGCCUGGUAAGGCUUCAGUUUGCCACAAGUGGCUGCUGAGAUAGAGGAACAUAUGACGUGCUAGUGAAGGGAACUUCACUUCCUGUAAAAUUGUGCUCGGCAGAAAGAUUUACGUGUAAAAGGUCAGACCAGCAAAACGACCUUUUCGAAGAGUGGGGAGGACAAACGUGGAGGAUUUCUGAAUAGUCGCAUGAAGUCUGGGUGAGAUGGCGUGGUAGGUGGGCUUCUGAUUUCUGCGUUCCGAGAAAACCUUUCUUUGACUGUGCAUUUCCUUGCACGUGUUCCCUUAUCAUCUACUACUCUCCCGAACUAGUGUCCUUCAGCACUCAGCUAGAUAUGUUGAACAUAGAACAAAGUGAAUUUGGUGUAUUUACUCAACGAAAUACAAUUUUAUGGCACGCCAUUUAUAAGUCAUGUACUUGUACUUGUACUUGCUUAGUAACAUAAAACUCUUUGGCUCACGUUUAAAUAGCAUAUUUCUUCUCGUGAUGCAAAGUAUUCAACACAGUAGGACUGCCAUUGUCAUUAGCCCAAAUCUGCUAGCUUAAUGCUAACACACAACGACAUGCUCACACUUGCGGAAAUCAGCAUCGCUAUUUUUUCCCCCCUUAUUAACCUUUAUUUAGCCAUCAUUGAUGUUAAAUAAACAAAAACAAAAACAAAAAAACAACAACAACCAAAAAAACUUUUUAAAAAAAAAAAUAUAUAUAUAUUGUGUUUUCCCACUGUAAUUUUUGCAUACCAGAAGAACAACUACAUGUUACAAUUGAGGCAAAAUUGUGCACUAAUUGACACCCGUGUGCUAAGCUUCUAGGACUUCUAUGAGUGAAGCACGAGACAUGAACUAGUAGAAUUUUAUAAUGUCACUGGUAGGACUAGUAACGCACAGUUUUGCCUCACUAAUAAGACAAUUCAGCUCACUAGUAGAACGACAUUGUUGUACUUGUGAUGUCUUUCACUACAGCAGUAAUUCUCAGUGUGGUAUGAGUACCACUGGUGGUACACGGGGUCCCUCUAGUGGUGCACAAAAGAAUCACAGAAUUAAAUAACAUGGAGUGGCUGAAACUUUUUUUGUUUUUGUUUUUUUCAAAUCCAGUACAGUGCAAUUUAUUAAGUACAAUUCUGUUGUAUUACGCGGUGAAGUACAAUACAUUUGAAUUUAACGAUUUAUAAUUAUUUGUGUUCAAACAUUUAUUCAGGUCUAAUUUGUAUUUAAUUUUUAUGCGCAAAACAUUUUAAUUUCAUUAUGGUGGUAAGUAUUUUUAUUUGUAUUUAUUUAUUUAUUUUCUGCACACUAGUAGGACAGAAAAAUGGCUUUCUACAUUUUAUGCGUGAUAAUUAAUUAUGUGUGUGCGUGCGAAGGGAGUGUUUUUUUUGACACAGGUUAUGGACGUCGUGCUUUGUCCCCGUGGGCUUCAAGUGUGCCCCGUGAGAGACUUUGAUCGCAAAGUGGAGAUCAGAGCAGAGAAACAUGAGCAGCUACGACGACGCACGAACGUCACGUCAUGCCGGAUCCCCGCACGGGAGUGCGACGCGGCGCUGCUGAAGCAGACGCUCAAGAGCAGGCGACAAGUGGAGUUCAUGAGGAGGAGGUCGCUGCCUCCGCCGCCCGCCGACCACCGCAGAAGAAGAAGCUCGUGGUUCUCGAGCGUCGCCGUCUGCUAUUCUUCUGCUUUUUCUUCUCCGUGGAGCGCGUCGGAGCAGCUCGGCCCACGGCAAAGCGACGAGCCGGUUUUGAUGAAGAUGAUGGUGCAGGACGAAUUUGUCAAGGCGGAAAAUGAAGUAGACACUGUCGACAAUGAUGGGUGGCUGAAUGCAGCGCACGCUUCCCACAAAAGGAUGAGAGAAGCCAGUGUCCAGACAGAGCCAGGCCUUGUGACCAUCGAAGAAUCAGAUAUUCUACAAUUACAGGACUACAUGCAGGAGGGCCUGUGGAGGGAGGAGGCCAUCAUGAAGAAAGUGGCAGCGCUGCAGGAGUUGUUUGUACAGCUGCAGAACGCCUUGAACACAAUAUGGAACGCUCGCUGCACUGAGGAUGCGCUGAGAAACAAGAUCAAGGUUCUGGAGACACAGCUGCAAGCUGGCCUGCAGAUGUUUCCCAAGGAGGCGUCGGGGAAACUGGUGCUCCAAAUGAAGAAGCAGAGAGUGACGGUUGAAGAGAAGACUCAGAGGGACAUCCAGGAGAAAAACGAGGACCUCAGCAAAACCGUCGCACUGAAGGAAGCGCUGCUUACUGCAAAAGCGGACGUCCUGAGGCUGCAGAGCCUUUACGAGGAGCUGAUGCUCACAAGUCAAAAACUCCGGCAGGAGCUGGACGCCAGCGGCGAACGGGCGCGAGAGCAAGAAAGCCACAUCGAGCUGUCCAGCAUCAAAGAAGCGACGCUGACCGAGGAGCUAGUGUCGUUGAGACGAGAGAAGAACAAGCUGCAGUUUAACCUGAGCCUGCAGGAGGAAUAUUACCAAUUCGUGCAGGACCGAACGCAGAACUUCAGCGAUGACACCGUGGAGAGACGGGACGUGAGCGUUCAGAGUACGCCCGAGGAAGAAGACGCAUCGCCGAAAGGGGACUGCGACGUGGAGGAGAAGCUUCUUCACGCCCGGGAGGUGCUCCGCUCCAAGGAGAAGGAGUGCGAAGCCCUGCGGACUGAGCUGCAAACCUUGGCGCAAGAGGUUCAGGCCGGCCAGGCUCGACUGGCGCAGUGCAGGGAAGAGCUCGGGAAAGUCGGCCGCCACCGCAGCGAACCGAUGUGGCGUGUCAGCAGGUUCCUUCUCCUCCUCCUGCUGCUGCUGCUGCUGCUGCUGGCUGUGGCCGGAGUUGCCGUCUUGCAGCCGUGGCAUCCGCUUUUCGGAGAGAAACUAGAAGACUUCUACUUCUCCAUAAGGAGACGGAUAGAAAAUUAUUUCAUGCAAAUGACCUCUGCCCAACACUCAGGCUGUUUUAGGCCAAUUUGACCGCAGCACAUUUGGAGGAUAGCCAUCCUUCGGUUUUAGAGUUAGUUGUUGAUAUUUUCUUGGAAUCCAAAAGUGUGUGAAAAUAAUAUAUGCUUACAAUAAAAAUGUCA